AAAGUAUUAAUUUUUGACUGUCUUUUCUCUCUAGAAACUAGAAACUACACACACUUCUCUGCUCCUAGCACUAUUUAAUAGCAACUUUAUUGUAACCCGAAAAGGGGAAAACAAUAAAACCAUCUUUAAAUUAUCUUCCUCUUUCUCUUUAUGGACUCUAAAGAAAACCCAUUUCAGCUUAGGAUUCCUGAAGGUUUUUUGGGGUUUCAGUUAUUUUAUUACUGAAACACAGAAAAAAAAUGGAACUUGAAUCCGGUUCCACGAACCGGCAAUCUAGAUUGAAACUUUAUAAAAGUACUUUGAUUCUAGCGUACCAGAGUUUUGGUGUGGUAUAUGGUGACCUUAGCACAUCACCAAUUUAUGUCUACACAAGUACCUUUUCGGGGAGAUUGAGACUUCACGAGGACGACGAUGAAAUUCUCGGGGUACUUUCUUUGGUUUUCUGGACUUUGACUUUAAUCCCUCUCUGCAAGUACAUUGUAUUUGUAUUAGGGGCUGAUGAUAAUGGAGAAGGAGGGACAUUUGCCUUGUAUUCAUUACUUUGUCGCCGUGCAAAGUUAGGACUUUUGCAUCCUUCCCAUUCGACAGACGAUGACAUAUCUUCUCAAGACUCUUGUCAAUUGAUCAAAGAGACUAGGGCUAGUUCUCUUCUGAAGGAGUUCUUUGAUAAGCAUCAUAGUUCUCGUGUUGUACUGCUGCUUAUUGUGAUUUUAGGGACUAGCAUGGUUAUAGCUGAUGGUAUCUUGACCCCAUCAAUGUCAGUCCUUUCGGCUGUAUAUGGCAUCAAAACCAAGGCUGGAGGUCUGCAUGACAGUUAUGCUGUUUUGAUAACCUGCCUGAUUUUGGUAGGCCUCUUUGCCCUUCAGCAUAUUGGGACACAUAGGGUUGGCUUCCUUUUUGCUCCUAUCAUCUUAUUGUGGCUAUUAUCCAUUAGUGGGGUUGGUAUUUACAACAUAAUUCAGUGGAAUCCUCGUGUUGUGAGUGCUCUGUCACCAUAUUACGUGUACAAGCUGUUCAAAUUGACAGGAAAGGAUGGGUGGACUUCUCUUGGAGGCAUUGUCCUUUGCAUUACAGGUGCGGAGGCUAUGUUUGCUGACCUUGGUCAUUUCUCUCAGCUUUCAAUCAGGAUUGCAUUCACCGCAAUUAUUUAUCCUAGCUUGAUUCUGGCUUAUAUGGGUGAAGCUGCUUAUCUCUCUAAGCACAAAGAGGACCUUCAGAGAAGCUUCUACAGAGCAAUCCCUGAGGUUGUAUUUUGGCCAGUAUUUAUCAUUGCAACUCUUGCAACAGUGGUGGCAAGUCAGGCAGUCAUAUCUGCCACUUUCUCGAUUAUCAGCCAGUGUUGGGCACUGAAGUGCUUCCCUCGUGUUAAGAUAAUACACACAUCAAAUCAAAUGCAUGGGCAGAUAUACAUACCGGAGGUGAACUGGAUGUUGAUGGUUUUUUGCCUUCUUGUUGUGAUCGGCUUUAGGGACACAGAUAUGAUAGCCAAUGCAUAUGUUUAUCUCUUUGUACCAGGUCUCACAGUUGUCAUUGUAAUGUUUGUUACCACCUGCUUGAUGUUUCUUGUCAUUGUUAUGGUCUGGAAGCGGAAUAUUCUGGCAGCAUUUAUUUUUGUAACUGUUUUUGGAUUUGUAGAGUUGCUCUACUUGUCUUCUUGCCUGGCCAAAGUGGCCAAAGGUGGCUGGAUCCCUCUCAUUUUCUCCCUAAUAGCUUUGUCUGUGAUGUACAUCUGGCACUAUGGGACGUUACAGAAACAAUCAUUCGAGUCACAUAACAGAACAUCUUUGGAUAUGCUUCUUAGUCUGGGCCCAAAUGUUGGUAUAAAUCGUGUUCGUGGCAUUGGCCUAAUCUAUACAAAUGUGCUCUCAGGGAUCCCGCCAAUGUUUUCACAUUUUGUCACCAGCUUUCCCGCCUUCCACCAAGUCCUCAUAUUUGUAACAUUUCAAUUCCUGACAACUCCAAGAGUUUCUGCCAAUCAGCGUUUUAUUGUAAGCCGCAUUGGUCCCGCAGAGUUCCGUCUCUAUCGGUGCAUUGUCAGGUUUGGUUAUAAGGAUGCAAGGAAGGAUAGUUAUGCUUUCGAGACCGACCUGAUUGAAACUGUGAGAGUGUUCUUGCAGCACGAGAGUGAUGAUGGUGAUGCUAGAGACUCAGUAAGUGAAAUGCCUGUAAAUCAGCACGAAUCAGACUGUCUACGGGAUGAUGUUAGCAUGAGAGCUGAGAAUGGUUCUGGGGCUGGGUUGACUAGAUGCAAGAGAGUAAGAUUUUGUGGUGUCGACAAUAGUAAGGAAUUGGAGGACCUGGAGGAUGCCCGGGAAGCUGGUCUGGCAUAUAUGAUGGGCAAUACUUGUGUCUUGGCAAGGGAAACAUCAUCAGUUGUGAAGAAAUUUGCCAUUAACAUUGUAUAUGGUUUCUUGAGACGGAACUGUCGGAGCCCAUCAACAGCACUAGGGGUUCCUCAUACAUCUUUGAUUGAAGUAGGAAUGGCUUAUCGAGUUUAACAUCAGUGAUUGAUUGAUAUUCUGAGAAGGGGUAAUCUUGACAUGGUUUCUGGAAAGGAUUGCGGAAGGGUUUACCACUGUAAACUAAAUGUAACAAAUAUGAAGUGACUGAUUCAAAUACACUGUUAUAGGAGCUUACAUAAAGAUUCCUCAGAUUUAGAGAUAAGUUUCAGAGGACACAGGACUGACUCUUGUAGUCAAUUCUUUUGUAUAAUAGCAUAAUUUUCUUUUCUUAGUUA